AUGGAUUCACUAGUUUCAAAGAUUUCAAAAGAAUUAUACGAGUCAUAUACUAAUGACACAGCUGCUUUUCGUAGUUCAAGAAACUACCCACCAAAAGAAGUUUUUUUUGAGUUACAACAAUUACAAAAAAUCUUUUUUCCUGAUUUUUUCAUGAACCACCAACACAUCUCACAAGCUCAUAUCUCAUUAGAACUGACACAGUUUGUUGACCACAUCUUAUCUUCAGUUGCAGGAUAUAACGAUGAUGCAUUUGCACAUCAAUGCCUAAUGAAAAUGUUAGAAAAGCUUCCUGUUAUAAGAGAAACUUUAAAAACUGAUUUAAUUGCUGCGUAUGCUGGAGAUCCAGCUGCACCAGGACUUGCAUUAAUUGUAAGAUGUUAUCCAGGAUUUCAAGCAACAAUGAUUUAUCGAGUGGCACAUGUUUUAUAUGAAUGUGGUGAACGUUGGUAUUGUAGAGAAUUGAUGGAAAGUGUACACUCAUAUACAGCAAUAGAUAUUCAUCCAGGAGCAUCUAUCAAAGGACAUUUCUUUAUAGAUCAUGGAGUUGGAGUUGUUAUAGGGGAAACAGCAAUUAUUGGAGAAUGGUGCAGAAUUUAUCAAUCAGUUACUUUAGGUGCAAUGCACUUCCAAGAAGAAGGUGGUGUUUUAAAGCGAGGAACUAAAAGACAUCCAACAGUUGGUGAUUAUGUUACUAUAGGAACAGGAGCAAAAUUAUUAGGUAAUAUUGUUGUUGGAAGUUAUGUGCGUAUUGGUGCUAAUUGUUGGAUUAACAGUGAUGUUGGAGAUAAUCAAAUAGUUUAUAUUUCAGAACAUCCAACUCAUGUAAUGAAACCAUGUAAAUCUUGUUGUGAAACUAAAAGUGAUGAACAAAUAAUCAAAAUGAUAUCACCAUCACCUGCAGACUCAAUAAGUCCAAAAAGUUCUCCUUUAAAGUAA